GCAGAUUCCGUCAUGGCACCAGAGACCGCAAAGACGACCCCGCAAGCGGGCCAGGAGGUCGAUGGCACGAAAAAGAAGAGAAGUAGACCGGCCAGAGGGCAAAGGCGAUACAGACGAGAGGUUAAAGCUGCGGAUGACCUCGCCAAUAGCAAGGAAGCUGGUGUCCCUGCUACUAGAGGCGUCUCUUGGCGGGUCACUGCCAAAGCAGGAGGUCGAAUCUCUGAUAAACGGGUGAUAUUUACAGCGGAUUCGAGUCGAUUUAUCACCUUCAAUGCGACACGUAUAAAAGUUUUCAAUACAUCUACUGGGUUACCCCUUCAUGUCUUGUCCUUGUCCUCUUACUUGGAACAAGCAGUCUGCACUGCAGUUCAACCCAACCCCGCAAACCCGCUCCAGCUAUACACGGCAUCGUCGGAUGGCAUUAUUCGUCUUUGGAAUAUUGAAGGAGGAAGUCUUGUUCAGUUUUGGGAUGUGGGCGAACACAUCACCGAUAUGGUGAUUAACCCCAAACAGCCCAAAUACGCAUACGUCAUAACCCAAAGCGAGGAAAAGACGGCCUCGGAAACCACCGCAAGGUCCGUGAAAUACACAUGUCACCGCUUCGGGUUUGAGACACGUAAGAAGAAGGUGCUACUGAAGACAAAAAAGCCCUUGUUGGCGUUGGAGGCGUCAGCCGAUGGAAAUUAUAUGGCUGUCGCGAGUCGGGCAAUGGCGGCAGUUUUCGAUACAGACUCCUUGUCAGAGCUCUCUAGAUACGAAUCAGACGAAGAGAUUACUUCCCUCGCCGUACACCCUACAGGCCAAAGUAUUGCGGUUGGCGAUAUCCGAGGACGCAUCACCAUCUGGUACAAUGUCAUAGCAACUUCAAAGCAGAAUGCCGUACGUGAAGUCCUACACUGGCACCCGCAUAGGGUUAACGAUCUCGCGUUCACAAGUGACGGCGGAUAUCUUCUAUCUGGUGGAAAUGAAAUGGUUCUGGUUGUCUGGCAGCUGCGUACGAGACACAAACAGUUCCUUCCGCGGUUGGGGUCAGAAAUCUUCUCUAUUGCCGUCAGCCCCGACCAGACUUCAUAUGCACUGUAUCAUAAGGAUAACACUGUUCGGUUGAUAUCGGCGAUAAAUUUGACCGUAAAAAGGGUUGUAACUGGAUUGCAGUUUGCAACGUCGAUCGGGGAUCAGCAGACACUCCGGACUGGGCUAUUGGUGGAACCUAAGAGCAAGGCGAUUGUAUUAGAAGGAUAUCCUGGUCAUCUCCAAUUUUACGACGUGGCAGAUGAUUCAUCAGUAUUACAGGUUGAAGUCAUACCCAAUCCAGUUUCUCAGCUGGACGAUGGCAAUGGAAGCCGUAUAAAUGCGCGUAUCACGCAUGUGGCAUUCUCUGCUGACGCGGCAUGGAUGGCAACAAGUGAAGAACGAACUUCGAUUGAAGAUGGUCAGUCGCAAAAUUUCCUCAAGUUUUGGGAGUACGAUGAAAAUGCCCAAAGCUACAAAGUGGUCACGCGCAUGGACCAACCCCACAAGGGACCCAUUACGAGCUUGAAGAUCAGUGGAACGUCGUUGAUCGCCGUCACGACGAGCGAGGAUGGAACGUUCAAGAUAUGGCAACUGGCAAAAACGGCACACAGCGACGUGAAGGAACACUGGCUAUGCACAUCGUGGGGAACGUACCAAAACCUCCCCGCAUAUGAUGCGACAUUUUCCAACGAUGGUUCGAUCAUAGCAAUCGCGUUCGGACAGUUGAUCACCAUAUGGGACGCAUUUGGCUCUCGUUUACAUGGGGUCCUCGCAUCUCCUCUUCCCCGAUCACCCAUUCGACGUGUCCGAGCUGUUGGUACAUCACAUUUGAUAUCAUGCACAGACGACCGGGUAUAUGUUUGGAACCUUCUCAGCUGCACAUUACUAUGGUCACUCCGGUUACACGUGCAUUCCAUUGCGGUUGACCCAAGCCAAUCUCGUUUCGUUGUCCUGGCACAUGAGGAUAGCUUGCCUGGAUCGAAACACUCUCCUGCAAUUCGGAGGACAGCGACACGUCUACUUAUUUUUGAAACUGGAUCACCAACACCCUUGGCAUCGUCAUCCCUUGCUGUACCUUGCUUCUCGGCGGUGUUCAGGCCCAAGAAGGCAGAGUCCGACUUGGUUCUAUUGAAUCAAAAUGGUGAAUUAGAGGUUUUGAGUCAAAAUGAUACUGAGGGACCCCGUGUUGUUAAAAAGAUUGAAGAACAACCUUCCUCUCGCACGUCCCUAACGAAUCUAUACCAAAAUCAACCCACGCAACCCACUGCUCAACCCUACAAGGCUACAUCUGCUAUAGUCUUUGAUAUCUCGGCCCCAUCCCACGUCCUACCCCCGCCUACCCAAAUGAUCAUGUCCUUUUUGAACUCUUUCAUGGUGCCGAGGGUCUCUGACGACACUGUGGUGGAUGCGAUUACAGAAAAAGUUGAAGAAGCUGAGACUGUGGAGGAAACAGUGGAUGAGAGUGACGGUGGAUUAAUCAAACGGGAGGCUGUUGACAUUGUCUUUAAGGAAGUUUUGGUUAGCGUGUGAUGGGGUGGAGGGUAGCUUUCGAGGGUUGCGAGGAAGUCACUUGUACAUAACACUAGAAUCUUUCUCUUGUCACAAAUAGGGUAGGCGAUUUUUUACAGUUAGUUUGUAAAAGAAUCGGCGGAAAACAAGACGAUGAUGCGCGGCAUCCAUAUUUGGGUA